AUGACUUCUACUCAUUGUGAUUCUCUCCUCAGUGGACAGGUUUCGGAGCCCACGGCUGCCUCCCUGUGCCUGUCUGCCACCCUGGCACAUGCCAACCGGGUGCGUGUGGGGACAACUCCUCUGGGCCGACCCAGCCUCUGUGUGCCCUACAGCUGCCAAACCGCUUGCCCCUUGCCAGGGACCCGCGACAUUCCCGGCAACAUCGGAGUGUGUGAGAACUAUGGGGAAGGCGCCCCGAUUGGCCACGAGAAAGUGACCAUGCAGUUCCUGAACGACCGCCUGGCCAACUACCUGGAGAAGGUGCGUCAGCUGGAGCGGGAGAACGCGGAGCUGGAGACCAAGAUCCGAGAGUCAAGCAAAUGCCACGAGUCCAGCGUGUGUCCAGACUACCAGUCGUACUUCCGGACCAUCGAGGAGCUCCAGCAGAAGAUCCUGUGCAUCAAAUCUGAGAACAACAGGCUGGUUGUGCAAAUAGACAACGCCAAGCUGGCUGCAGAUGACUUCAGGACCAAGUACCAGACGGAGCACUCCCUCCGCCAGCUGGGGGAGGCCGACGUCUGCGGCCUGCGCAGGGCCCUGGACGACCUCACACUCGCCAAGUGUGACCUGGAGGCGCAGCUGGAGUCCCUGAAGGAGGAGCUGCUCUGCCUGAAGAAGAACCACGAGCAGGAAGUCCACAUCCUGAGGGGCCAGCUGGGGGACAAGCUCCAGAUUAAGUUGGACGCGGAGCCCACCGUGGACCUGAGCAGGGUGCUGGACGAGAUGCGGUGCCACUACGAGGCCAUGAUGCAGACCGGCCGCAACGACGUGGAGCAGUGGUUCCGAGAUCAGUGCGAGAGCAUCAGCAAGCAGGACAUGUCCUGCUCCGAGGAGCUGCAGUGCUGCCAGUCGGAGAUCCUGGAGCUGAGGCGCACGGUGAACGCCCUGGAGGUGGAGCUUCAGGCCCAGCACACGCUGAAGGACUGUCUGCAGAACUCCCUGUGUGAGUCGGAUGCACGCUUCGGCACCGAGCUGGCCCAGAUGCAGAUCCUGAUCCGCGACGUGGAGGAGCAGCUGUCUGAGAUCCGGGCUGACCUGGAGCGACAGAACCAGGAGUACCAGGUGCUGCUGGACGUCAAGGCCCGGCUGGAGGGCGAGAUCAACACGUACCGGAAACUUCUGGAGAGCGAGGAUCGCAAGCUGCCUUACAACCCUUGUGCAACCCCGGCCUCCAGGACGCCCUGCCCGGCCCCUGUGGCCUCUGGGCCCUGCUCUCCCUGCCUUUCCGGGCCUCCUCCUCCUCGGGCCUCCUGUGCCUCCCGCUCAUCAUCUCGAUGCUGA